AUGUCGGCGGCGCGGUUCGAGGGGUCCUUUGCGGGUACAGCACGAGACAUCACCGUACGCCAUGUCCGGCCGUGGUACCGCAGACGAGACUAUUACUUUGAAGGAUGGCGAGAUCCCGUGACUUGGCGCACUGCCAUUGAUGAGUGUGUAGCCACGGCGUGUUCCAUCUAUCUGGGGGGCCAAUAUGGAAUGACUUUGAUGAACUCAGGCGUGACCCAGGUCGCUGCCUACGUUGGCAUAUUCAAUGCCGUGUUCCUCGCCCUCUUCGUCUACGCGACAGCAGCAGCGACGGGUGGCCACCUGAGCCCCAUGAUCACCUACACCACGGUACUCUGCGGCUUGACUCCCGUAUCAAAAGUCCUCGGCGGUAUCCUUGCCGGCGGAGUCCAGCGCGGCGCUUGGGGCGCUGAGGGAGCUGUCUCUCAUAUAGGAGGAGGGAACUUCUUCGACCCGACACAGAUAACGCCCGGUCAAGCGUUGCUGACCGAGAUCGUGUCGUCAUUUAACAUACUUUACCUGGCGAUCGGUACCGGGCUUGAUCCGCGGCAGCAAGUGCUAUACGGCCGCCAGCUCGUGCCCCUGCUUGUUGGCUUCAGUUUGGGCAUCGUGUCCUGCGCGACCUCAGGGUUGGCCGCGGGAUACACUGAGGCGUGUAUGAACCGGGCUCGAGCGAUCGGCCUCGCCAUUGCUGGGUCAAAUUGGCGCGACCAUUGGAUAUGGUGGGUUGGGCCAGCCGCCGGUUCGACGUUGAUUGCGAUGAUGUACAGGUUCGCACCACCGUCCCAUGAUUGA